AAUUUGCUCAGAGCAGAAAACGCGAGUGGACGUCUGUCAGAAAACGCGAUAAGUGAAAAUUAAAUACGAUCUAGCGUUGCUGUUGGUCCUGUCCCAAGGAAAAACCCAAUUACAAAAUGGCUCUAGUGCCGGCUACAAACAAUACGGAUUGGGAUUACUGGGAUUAUCGUCGUCGGCUGUGGCGCGAUUGGGAUCUGAACGACUGGGAUUUGCCCUACUGGAAGCGGUCACUAUCUCGCGUUGGAUCCGCACCCGAUCUGAGUCGAGUCAUCGUGGGAAAGGAUGGCUUCGAGGCCAAUGUGGAUGUGCACCUGUUCAAGCCCUACGAGAUUAGCGUGAAGACCUCGGGCGACACUGUGGUCGUGGAGGCCAAGCACGAGAAGCGACGGGAUGGUGACACCUUCGUGGGUCGCCACAUCGUCAAGCGGUUCGUCCUGCCACGAGGAUACUAUCCCAACGAUGUCCGAUCGGAACUGUCCUCCGAUGGCAUACUCACCGUCAAGUGUCCGCCGUAUUUGACCAACGAGCGGACCGUGUACGUCCGCCAAGUGGGACCUUCGUAUCUAAGCAUCAAGAACUAAUCCAAGUUUAUAGCAUCGUAACUCC